AUUCCACAUGCUGGUGGUCCCAGAAUCAGACGUGUCCUCAUGAAGACUGCUCCUCUUCUCCUGCUCCUCUAUGCGGGAGCGUUCGCCAUCAGUUCAGCGUUGCAGAUCAGCGAUGGUCAAACCUGUAGAGCGAGAGCUGGCCUUACUGCAGAACAAUGCACUUCUCAGAUGGACGGACCCACACAGAGCUUCCUGUCGUGUGCCGGCGUUCCUCCAGAACCCACAGCAGAACACAUGCAGAAUCUGAAGGAGCUGAUCAGUGCUGCUCUGGACAUCUACUCAUUCAUGAGAUCCAGUGUGUCCGGUGUGCCAGUGCUGGAUGUCUCUGGAGGCUUCAGUGUGGAGGAGGAUCUGGGCAUCAGGGCGUGGCUGGACAUCAAGCUGACGCCUCUGCUGUCCUCCAUCUCCAGAAACCUCCUCACGUGCCUCAGCAACAGAAACUUCAGCUGCAGCACCUACCAGACUGUAGUUCAGGAGUUAAGUCAGCAUUUCUCCAGUCUGGAUCCGGUGAGGCAGAAGUGGAUCUAUUCUUUCUUCAUGUACCCGUUCCUCUCCAGGAACACGUCCUCAGGUUGUGUUGAUCCAGAAGCCAGCACUGAAGACUGGCUCAUGAAGAACUUUGGCUCCUUCUCUGUGAUGGCUCAAGUGAAAGACUUCUCAUCCAUCAACCUGCUCUUCAGCGGGCUGGAAGUUUUGCACCUGUUGAGUCCAGAACAGAAGGCAGAGCUUCUCCUUUAUCCAGAGGUGAUGGGUUUGACCAACAGUUCCCUCGGCCUGGUGUUUCAGAGCUUGAUGUCUUCUGUGAUGCCCUCCGGGAAUCCAUGGCCUUCAAAUAACGGCACAACACUUUACAUGAGCCCCUCCUCAGCACAAGACCCCCUCGGACAGGCAGUGAACGACUUCAUGACAGCAUUUAGACCUGUUGGGAGUUUCGUUAAGCAGUUUGUGUCCUUGACACGGCAGCCAAACUUGAGCAGUAUGCGGAGCGCCACGCUGGUGCAGGCCAUAAUGAACCUGACGCUAGCAGAGAUGGCCGCCCCAUUCAAGCAGAGCUACACCCAGCAGCAGCAGCAGGAUCCAGUCGCUUUUGACCCCAUGAACGUUCAUGACUGGUACACACAUGUGGUUUCUCCAAUACUGCGGCGAUUCCUUCCUCAAGAGCAGAUAGAAAUCUAUCCUAACCUCACCACUGUCUUCCAUAACCUGUUCUACAUUGAGACAGGGACGGGGUCUGGAGCCCAGAAUGAAACUCAAGACAUUUGCAGUGUAUUUAUUGACAACAGAACAUGUGGGCUGACGGACCUGGUGGAGCAUGUGGCCACAGUCCUGCACUGUGCAUCGGGCUCGAACCUCACGCUGAACGAGGAGACACUCUCCAACGUCCUCCUGCAUCUGUCCCAGAACCUGGAUGCUCUUCUACAGCAGCUCUCCACCACUAACUUCAGUUCCCAGAGUUCCCCCUUCAGUGACAUCGUGGGCCAGAUCUCCGCGGACGCCUUCCCCAUCAGCAACCUGCAGGACGAGGCGUUUGUGGAGUUAUGGUUCCAAGUCAAGCUGAAGCCUCUGCUCAACAUGCUGACUCCAGAAUAUCUCGCAUGCCUCAGUUAUAAAGAGUUCAGCUGUCAAACCUUCCAGAUUCUUGUUUCAGGUCUCAGUCACGACAGACUUCUGAUGUCAGAUGAAGGUGCGCAGAAUGUUUAUCAGUAUUUCAUCUCAUCCUUCCUGAGCCACCAGAAUGCUUCAGGUGGCUGUCCCGCUGAGAACAGCAGUGUCUGGAUCAUUCUGAAUCUUGGGGAUUUUUCACAUUUUGCCACACUGAGUGAAAUGUACCAGCUGAACCAAGCCUUCAACGCUAUAGAUGCGCUGCCGGUUCUCUCCCCUAACCAGACAGCUGAACUGAUAGUUGAGACUUUUGCAGGUCUCCCAGAGAAAAGUGUCGUCAUUACCACGGUUUUUGAUUACCUGCUAAUCUCUCCUGAGGACCGUGGUCUGCUUGAGAUCCUUCAGUAUCUCAUUGUGCUCGCUGAUGAGAUGGGUUUGGAGUGUGCAUCAUACCAGCAGAUCAUUCAGAGGCUGCAGGAAUCUGUGUUUCCUACAAACAUGAUGCAAACCAUCAAAGAUGACAUGAAUCAGCUGAAAACAAUAGCACCUGAGGAGUGUUUCCCCCCACAUGUUAUGUGUAUUUCAACUCCAAUCAAUGAAACUUCAAUUUGUGACGGAAUCAGCAGUAAUGAGACUCUCCUGUCUGCGGCUCUCGCCAGCGCCCCCUGUCAAGUCAACCUGCAGCAGUACGCUUGUUCUUCGCUCACAGGCCUCACGGCUGAGGAUCUGGCUGACCUCCUGACCUGUCAGCUGUCCGGCAACAGCAGUUACUCCACGGAGAUCUGGAAGCUGCUCUUCACCAAAGCCGAUCACCUUCUGGAUAGAGCCCUCGCCAUCUUCUCCAGCGCAGCAGCAAAUACGUCUCAGCCAAUCAGCAGCGACGCCCUGUCCAAUGCGCUGGAUGUAGUGUGGGAGCUGAGACUGCAGAGCGUCAGUGAUGACCAAUGGAGAAACGCUUCCGUCAUCAGCACACUGUUCAGUCAAACCCUCAAGCCGCUUUUACCGUCUGCGUCUCCAUCCCUACUGCAGUGCGCCAGCAGCAGAAACCUCACCUGCCAAACUUACCAGCUCAUACUCACAGACUUCCCGCUGGUCAGUGAGACGCAAGGAACAAACAUGGUGGAGUUCUUCAUCUUGCCCUUCCUCAGGAGCAACACGACAGACGCAGGCUGUGUGUCCUCGGCUAACAGCAGCUCAGAGUGGCUACAGAGGAACUUUGGCUCGUUCUCUAAGUUUGUCAGUCUCUCAGUUCUGCUCUCCAUCAACGGAAAGUUCAGUCCGCUGGAGAGUCUGGUAGAUCUGUCUCCAGGUCAGAUGGCUGAUCUGAUGGCUGAAGGUCUGCCUGGUCUUCCACAGAGUGUGGUCAUCACUACGCUAUUUGAUUAUCUGCUGGUGUCUCCUGAGGAACGAGGACUUCCCGCUGUUCUUCAAGACCUGCUCUUGAUCUCAGGGAAGGUGUCUGUCCCGUGCAGCUCCUACACACUGAUAUUUGAGAGGCUGUUUCAGGCUUUACCUUCCCUGUCUACAAACAUGGAGACUCUGGUUUACCACACAACUGAAGAACUCAAGCAGACUGGAGCCAGAGGCUGCCCGCUUCCUCCACUGCCAACAUGUCUGUUCACUCCUCUGAAUGUUACCAGCGUUUGUUCAGGAGUCGUCAGUAAUGAGACUCUCCUGUCUGCGGCUCUCACCAGCGCCCCCUGUCAAGUCAACCUGCAGCAGUACGCUUGUUCUUCGCUCACAGGUCUCACGGCUGAGGAUCUGGCUGACCUCCUGACCUGUCAGCUGUCCGGCAACAGCAGUUACUCCACGGAGAUCUGGAAGCUGCUCUUCACCAAAGCCGAUCACCUUCUGGAUAGAGCCCUCGCCAUCUUCUCCAGCGCAGCAGCAAAUACGUCUCAGCCAAUCAGCAGCGACGCCCUGUCCAAUGCGCUGGAUGUAGUGUGGGAGCUGAGACUGCAGAGCGUCAGUGAUGACCAAUGGAGAAACGCUUCCGUCAUCAGCACACUGUUCAGUCAAACCCUCAAGCCGCUUUUACCGUCUGCGUCUCCAUCCCUACUGCAGUGCGCCAGCAGCAGAAACCUCACCUGCCAAACUUACCAGCUCAUACUCACAGACUUCCCGCUGGUCAGUGAGACGCAAGGAACAAACAUGGUGGAGUUCUUCAUCUUGCCCUUCCUCAGGAGCAACACGACAGACGCAGGCUGUGUGUCCUCGGCUAACAGCAGCUCAGAGUGGCUACAGAGGAACUUUGGCUCGUUCUCUAAGUUUGUCAGUCUCUCAGUUCUGCUCUCCAUCAACGGAAAGUUCAGUCCGCUGGAGAGUCUGGUAGAUCUGUCUCCAGGUCAGAUGGCUGAUCUGAUGGCUGAAGGUCUGCCUGGUCUUCCACAGAGUGUGGUCAUCACUACGCUAUUUGAUUAUCUGCUGGUGUCUCCUGAGGAACGAGGACUUCCCGCUGUUCUUCAAGACCUGCUCUUGAUCUCAGGGAAGGUGUCUGUCCCGUGCAGCUCCUACACACUGAUAUUUGAGAGGCUGUUUCAGGCUUUACCUUCCCUGUCUACAAACAUGGCGACUCUGGUUUACCACACAACUGAAGAACUCAAGCAGACUGGAGCCAGAGGCUGCCCGCUUCCUCCACUGCCAACAUGUCUGUUCACUCCUCUGAAUGUUACCAGCGUUUGUUCAGGAGUCGUCAGUAAUGAGACUCUCCUGUCUGCGGCUCUCGCCAGCGCCCCCUGUCAAGUCAACCUGCAGCAGUACGCUUGUUCUUCGCUCACAGGCCUCACGGCUGAGGAUCUGGCUGACCUCCUGACCUGUCAGCUGUCCGGCAACAGCAGUUACUCCACGGAGAUCUGGAAGCUGCUCUUCACCAAAGCCGAUCACCUUCUGGAUAGAGCCCUCGCCAUCUUCUCCAGCGCAGCAGCAAAUACGUCUCAGCCAAUCAGCAGCGACGCCCUGUCCAAUGCGCUGGAUGUAGUGUGGGAGCUGAGACUGCAGAGCGUCAGUGAUGACCAAUGGAGAAACGCUUCCGUCAUCAGCACACUGUUCAGUCAAACCCUCAAGCCGCUUUUACCGUCUGCGUCUCCAUCCCUACUGCAGUGCGCCAGCAGCAGAAACCUCACCUGCCAAACUUACCAGCUCAUACUCACAGACUUCCCGCUGGUCAGUGAGACGCAAGGAACAAACAUGGUGGAGUUCUUCAUCUUGCCCUUCCUCAGGAGCAACACGACAGACGCAGGCUGUGUGUCCUCGGCUAACAGCAGCUCAGAGUGGCUACAGAGGAACUUUGGCUCGUUCUCUAAGUUUGUCAGUCUCUCAGUUCUGCUCUCCAUCAACGGAAAGUUCAGUCCGCUGGAGAGUCUGGUAGAUCUGUCUCCAGGUCAGAUGGCUGAUCUGAUGGCUGAAGGUCUGCCUGGUCUUCCACAGAGUGUGGUCAUCACUACGCUAUUUGAUUAUCUGCUGGUGUCUCCUGAGGAACGAGGACUUCCCGCUGUUCUUCAAGACCUGCUCUUGAUCUCAGGGAAGAGUCCACUCAGCUGUUCAGCCGAUCAGUUGAUCGUUGCGCGGCUCAACCAGUUCUUGCGGUCAGGAGCGGGCAGUCUGGAGCCUGUCGUCUGGAGAAGUGUUAAUGAUCUGAUCCUCAAUGCUCCUGCGGGUUGCACUCUAUUCCCAGUGGAGAACGAGUGUCCAGUGACUCUAUACAACGAGACUCAGGUGUGCAGUGCAGUGAACAGCUCUGCGUUACAGCAGCUCCUGAACAACAGAAACACUACAACCGGCCUUUGUGACUUCAGUGUCACACAAUACGCAUGCACCCCGGUGCUGCUCAGUGUGGAUCAGCUAGUGUCUGUGCUGUCCUGUCACCUGUCUGAUGCCGUCUCCAGCACACCUGACAGCUGGAAACUCCUCCUGACCGGAGCGUCAGACCUGCUGAAUGUGGCUCUGCAAAUACUGUCGGACAGGUCAUUAUGGUGGAGCAGCAGCUCUGCCUCAGUGGCUCUGGAUGUCCUCCGGGAACUGCGUCUGGACAGACUCUCAGAUGACGGUGUCGUGUGGUGGCUGUCUGAGCGUCUGCAACCGUUCCUGCCGUCCGCUUCAGAGACGUUCCUGCGCUGUCUGAGCAGCAAAAACUACAGCUGUCAGAACUUCCAGACCAUGGUUAAGACAUUCAGUGCAGGAUAUCUUCAUAUGAAUGACCCUCAGCGUCAGAUGACAUUGACCGCCCUCAUCUUACCGCUCCUCUCCAGAGGGACUGCAGGUGUGGCGUGUGUGUCCAGCAACAGCUCUCAGUGGCUCAUCGGUAACUUCGGCCAGUUUUCAGCUCUCGUCUCUCUGAAGCAGAUAUUCGCACUCAACCCACAGUUCGACCCGCUGAGCGCACUGCCCUAUCUGUCCCCAGAUCAGCUGGUGGAGCUGAUGUUUGCAGAUAUUCCUGGUCUGCCGGAGAAAGCUGUGGUCAUCCCUGCCGUCUUUGAUCAGCUGACUCUGCAGCCAAACAUGAUCGUCUCCACACUCGCCAUCAUGGUUCAAUCAUUAGUGACGAGCAACGUCUCCUGCGCCACAAAUCAGCUGAUUGUCCACCGUCUGGAUCACCUGAUGCUCGGUGUUUCGGUGGAUCUGGAGAUGGUGGUUCUGAAGAGUCAAGCUGCUGUACUGCAGAGCGCUCCGCAAGGGUGUGUGAACUCCAGCGGGCAGUGUGGCGUCACUACAGUGAACGAAACGGCUGUGUGCCAGAGCGUCAACAGCUCUGCCGUGUCCUUGUAUCUCAGUUCACCUCAUGAUGGCAGUCAGCUGUGUAAAUUCAGCAUCACGCAGUACGCUUGUGCACAGUUGGCAGCUCUGAGCCCGCAGGAUCUGGCAACCGUGUUGUCCUGCAUCCUCAGUGGGAAUAAAAGUGCAUCCAAUGAAACCUGGAAACUCUUCACGCAGAAGGUCACGCCUGUUCUGGGUCCAGCGCUCGACCUGCUCGCCAACACGAGGCUGAAUAAGUCCCUCCCCUUAGAGUCUUUCUUGAAUAUGAUUGGAGAGGUCACUCUGAGCUCCUUCAGCUCCUCCGAGCUGCGAGAUGGUUCGUUCGUCCAGCGCUGGUUUAACUCCAGACUCCGCCCAUUUUUACCCUACGCCUCGGAGACCUUCCUGUCCUGUCUGUCCACCAGAGACUUCAGCUGUGACACCUUCAGGAUACUUGUGCAGAGCUUCAGUCAGAGUUUCGGCUUCAUGUCCAGCGAUACUCAAGCUAGCGUCUGCCUCGACUUCAUUCAAUUCUUCCUCUCUAGGAAGACCGUCGCAGGGUGUGUGAACGUCUCUGAGAGCAGCUCUGAUUGGCUGAUCAGCAGCUUUGGACGUUUCUCAGAUUUAAUCCCAAUUUCGGACCUGCAGACGAUCAACCCCAGCUUCAGCGUGAUGGACACUCUGGGUCUGCUGAGCAUCAAGCAGUUGGCCGAGAUCUCCAGCACUCCUGGUCUCCUGUCCAGCCCCGCCGCCGUCACUAACCUGCUGCUGUAUGUGCCGGACACACAGCUCACAUCCUUCUACAUGUCCAUGUCUGGAGCGCUGCAGAUGCAGGAUGUGGUUCUCCCUCCUCCAGUGCAGCAAGCGUUCCUGCAGCAGGUGUUCAUCAGAGCCAAUCUGACCACGGUAUCAGACAAUGAUCUGGUGUUCUGGAUCACCAACAUUCUGCCUCCAUUUGUAGAGAACAUUACAGUCCAACAGGUGACAACCUACUUCAGCAUCGUCCAGCAGCGGCCCUGCCCUAUCAGCCAGCAGGGUGUGCAGCUGCUGAACUCCUCCAGCUCCACCUUCCAGCCCGCAACUCAGCAGCAGAUCUACCAGCUGAUCCUGGGCUCUCUCUCAGGCCCCGCCCCUCUGCAUUGCUAUGGUAACCAGAGCUUCUAUGCUUUCCUGACGUCGUCCUUCAUGAGUUUCCAGUUCCCCAAUCUGACCACCUUCCUGUCCCUGAUGCCGCCGGGCCGCGAGCCGCAGCUGUUGGCUUCUAUCUCUCCAUCGGACAUCACCAGUCUCCUGAGCCGGCCGGGCGCUGUGGACGAUGUUUCUCAACUCGGCCUGUUUUUCACACAUUACCCACAGACGCCGCAGUACUUACAGACGGAGCCGCUGUUGUCUGUGGAUCUGGCCCGGGAGAUCUUGUUUAGCGUGUGGCCUCAGAUUCUACAGGUCCAGAACCAGUCUGAGGUGGACCAGUGGUUUGAUUAUAGUCUGGAUCAGUACCUGCCGCUGCUCACCUCCGCCUUCAUCAGCCCCAGCCUCAUGCAGAACUCCUCCUGCCUCUGCUUCCAGAAGAUUGUUUCUGUGAUGGCCAAUUACAACUACAGUGCGGUGGAUUUUACACAGCAGGACUUUUACGACAGCAUCGUGGUCUUCCUCAACAUCUCUUCAGAUUCUCAGCCUGCGAAGUGUUAUAACACCUCUAUCCCCGCGCUGAACUCCACCGCCUGGUUCGUCCACUACAUCUCCGUCUUCUUGAGUUUUCUCACGCUGGAUGACCUGCAGAGCUUCGGCUCCAUUACGCCGUUCAUCGAUAACCUCCAGAACCUGCAGCUCUUCGGUGAGGUGGAGGUUUCUGAUGACGUCACACAGCACUAUGUAGAUCUGCUGUUCGAGACCUAUCCAAACUUCAACGCCUACUAUCUCCCGCUGAAGUUCCUCUGCUUGGCUCCUGCUGGAUCCUUCACUCAGCUGACCUCAGUACAGUUGAAGAAUGUCUCCGCUAACAUCCAGGAGACCUGCUCCGACAUCCCAGAAGAGGUGUCUGCGGCUCUGGCCAGUAAUCUGGAGGUUCUGACAGAAAACUCCAUCUCAGCUCUGGGUCAGUCGUGUGUGGGUUUGAGCACAGCACAGAUCAGCACCUCUACAGGCAGUGUCCUGCUGGGGGCGCUGUCACUGCUCAGUAACAUCACCGGCUGGAACCUGGAUCAGGCCAUGAUGAUCAUACAAACACUGCUGGCGUCUGGAGUUUACAAGAUCAACAGUGCUGCCAGUCUGGAGCAGCUGGGCUCUCUGAUCGUGGGUGUUCAGUCCUCCGUCAUCACUGCGCUCUCAGCAGACGUGCUGCUGCAGACGGCCAGCUCGAGCGCAUUCGUCACCAAUGUGGCCAGUGCUCCCACCAUCGUCCAGCAGAGCUACGUCAGCCAGAUCAUCAGUGUGAACAGCUCGUCUGACGCUGUGAUCUCGAACGUUCCGGAUCUGGUGUCGCAGCAGAUCCCGCGCAGCCUCCUGCUGAGUGUGACGCCCUCGCCUGCGUCUGCACAGCGGAUCAACCAGAAGAGGUGGAGACACGAGCAGGCUGUUUUCAUCUUUGAGUCUGUGGCUUCGCAGUUCAGCAACGCAGACACCAUUUCCUACCAGGUCCUGCAGGGUUUCACAUCUUCACGACUCCAGAACUUCAGCACAGAUAAAAUCAUGAAUCUGAUCCGGGGAUGCAGGAGACGCGCAAACCAGACGCUAAUCCUGCAGGAAUCACAGCUGACCUGUAUGUACCAGUACAUCAAGAGCUCAGACCUGUAUGCCUUCUCCAGUAUCCGCCUGAGGUGCUCCUCUACUAUAACUACUCUGUGAUCAACAGUUCUGUGUGCCGCUCGUAUUUCUCUGCUGUGGGGACGGCCAACUUCUCUGUCCUGUCCAGCACACUGUCCUUCAAGAAGCAGAUCCUGCUGAACAGCGCGCUACAAUGCCUGGGCGUCUCUGGCUCCAGCAUCGCCCGCAGUCAGCUGGAUGUGCUGGGCAACAUGUGCUGUUUCCUGAGCGCAGACUACAUCCUGAACUCUGACCCGUCUGUGCUGGAGAAACUCAAACUCUGCUCCACACUGAACACUGCACAGAGCAGCGCCAUCGAAACAGUGCUGCUGCAGAGGAACACCAGCUACGGACCCUCCAGCAGCUGGAACAUCACCACCCUGCAGAACCUCAACAUGCUGAUGCUCUACGUCUCCAACAACAUCUGGAGCAAAUUCACAACGACGGACAAGCAGACGUUUCUGAAGACGUUCCUGCGUGAUCUGAGGAAGAAUAGCGCUGUUCCACAGAAGCAGGUCAUCUACAUGAUGAAUCAGGUCAACAGUGUGUUACGCAUCAGGAUCAAGAGAUCCACAGACGCGUCCUGCACCGCGGGCCAGAUUCUGCAGCCUCAGGUGUUCAGUGACCUGUUCCCGUUCGCCUAUGACCUGACGCAGUUUAACGCCUGUCUGAGCGCCAACACACUGGUGGGAAACCUG